GGCGCGGAAACCCACGGAUGGGACCCCCGGAGGGGAUCUCCCCGCCCGCACCCCGUGCGGGGUGUCCCGAGCGCUACGGAAAGGGGGUUCGUUCGCACCCGCCCCAACACCCUCACGCGGAGCCUCGGACUGCCGUGCGGUGCUGCGGGUGCCAAGAGGGUGGCACAUCCCCGGGGCGGCCUCCCGGCUCGUCCGCGCCCGCAUGAGCUCAAGGGGAGGAAUGACGGGCUGGAAAGAAAACGGUGACCUCACGCCGCGGGAUGGCGGCUGUGAACGCGGCGCUGGCAGCCGCCCCGCUUGGCCGCCCGCCGGAGCUCCGCUCCCGCACACGCCCGGCUGGUGGGCGGCCCUGGCGGCCCGCGUGUGCCUCGUCCCGGGUCCCUCUGAACGGGCCUUUGGGCCCCCGGGCAGCAGGGGUGUGAGCACCCUCUUCCGUUAGGGGGAACCCUAUCUAUUUCCAGCACAGCAGCUCGGAUAUCCUAUAUUUACCGCAUGCUGUAGUUCCUGCAGUCUCCCAAACAUCGGCUCUCGGAUAUCUGACCGUGCCUCGUGCACACCGCCCGAGGGCCGAGCUUCUCGGCUCUUUCCGCCAUUCCUCUUUUGUGCACCACUUCUAGAACUCCCCAAACUCAGCAGUCCCUCCUGCUUAGCAGGCUGUGUUCUUUUCCUCUUUAGCAUCCUCUUUCUCCUCAGCAUUUUUUAUUUCACCUCUUCAGAUCUCAGAACCCUUCCUUGCCAGCGGCACUGCUAAGACGGCAGAUGCAUCUCGGCCAUUCCCUUCUGCCCGCAGAGAUGGAGGAGUCUUCCAGCUGAGAAGGUGCAGGAGGUCAGGAGAAGCCGAUGGCGGGUAAAUUCCCCAAACAAAAAAGUCAGAGAACCUCUUAAGCAUCAAACGUUCCAAAGAAUCUGUUGCUAAUGACCGUGCCAACGAGACCAGGCGGGUGAAACCCGUGCCAGUGACACCAGGUGAGGUGACCACGCAGAAGCGGCCAAUGCCAAUGAGACCUGGAGGUGGCCGUGCAGACGGCAGCUGGAGCCAGAGGACGGUGCCCAGGAAAGGUCUCCGAGGCUUCCCACGGUCACCGCGUGGGGUUUGCAGUCAGGGCGACGCCGAAGGGGGGGGGGAAGCGAUGGCUGCGCGGUGCCGGUGCCAGCAGGUGCCGCUGCGCUCUCGGUGCCGCUGCGGGCGGCGAGCGGGGCGGGGAGCGGGGAGCGGGGCGGGCGAUGCCUCCCCCCGCCUCCUCCCUCCGUCUCUCCCUCCCUCCGUCCUCGGCUGCUCGCGCCGCCAGGACCAUGGGUUGCUGCUGCCGCCUUCUCCUCGCCCUCCUCCUCCUCCUGCCCGCAGGACUCGGUGAUGACCCCAUAGCAUCCCUUGCCCCCUUCCCAGUGGUGGGGACAUCAGCUGGGCCAGGCUCGGGGGGCACAUCUGUCCCCACAGCAGCUCCCCACCAGUCUACACCUCUGACAGCUGCAGGACCCACCAGUAACGGAGUGUCCCCCGAGGUGGGUGGCCGCAAUGGGAGCACCAUGGCCAUGCUGUCCCCUGCCUCCAGCCCCACAAACACUGUCACUGCAGCAGACGGCCCAUCUGUGGCCCCCAGUUCGGUGCCACCAACCUUGGAGACAGUCCUGAGUCCUUGGACAGCACAUUCCAGCAUGGCGAGAGGCACGACAGAUUUGGGGACAAAUCCCAGCCCUGUGGGCACGCCUGCAUCCUUCUCUUCUUCCUCCCCUCACAGCAGCACCCUGCACUCAUCCCCUGGGACAGCAUUGCUCUCACCAGCCAUCCCCACCCAGCCACCAGCACUGAUGAAGGACAUCCCUUCCCCAGGGACGCUGGCUGUGGCAUCAAGCCUGGCCACGGAGCCAACAUCCCCCUCAGUGACUGUGGCCAGCCCCACCAAGGGCAUGGCUGAAGAAGGCAAAAGCACUCCCUCCACUGGUGUCACCAUAGAAGAGGUCCCACAUGCCUUGAGUGCAGGCAGCAUCGUGGCCAUAACUGUGACGGUCAUCGUGGUGGUCGUGCUGGUCUUUGGGGCGGCGGCGUACCUCAAGAUCAGGCAUUCCUCCUAUGGAAGGCUGCUGGACGACCAUGACUACGGCUCCUGGGGGAACUACAACAACCCCCUCUACGAUGACUCCUAGCAGGAGAAGAUCCUUAUUUAUCAGCGCUUCCCCAGCACGCACCUGCUGCUUGUCCCCGCCACACGUGCUGGGCCGCAGCCUGGAGGCCAAGCUGCCACCAUGAGCAGCAGCACAUUGUGGCAGGCCCAGCAGGAGGCGGCUGGCCGCAGGGCAGGUGCACAGCGCCCACGAUAAACCCGAGUGUUGGCGCUUUGCAUGGGAAGCUCUCUGAUAACAUGGGGUGGGUGCUGCUUUGGAGGUGGAGGGGGAUGUGGGGCAGGUCUGCCCCUUUGCUUUACAAAGCCCAGUAAAUCCAAAUUCCCUUUGGGAGGGCUGGGGGAGGCAAAGGCAGAAGACAGCAGCCCUGCGUUAUCCCUGGAAAGAACAUGGAGCGUCCCAUUGCUUUACGUGCCCCUCCCUCCAAGAUCACCUCUCUGCAUUGUCCCACUGCAAAACCCUAUGCCUUCCCUCGCCUGUGGUAGCGCGCCAUGGGCAAUUACAUGACUGCUUACUCUCCUGCUGUUUCCUUUGGUGUGUUUAUGCACAGAAGCAUGUCAUUUCACUUUUCCUCCUUUUCUUUUUUCCCCAAAAGAAGUGUGAAGCCUGCGGGAAAGGCGCCUUUCCCAUCUGCACUUCUGGGAUAAGGAACACCCCACUGCUGCAUCCAUAGUUGUUUGCUUUGCAGCACUAUUUUUCAUCCUUGAAACACUUGUCCUCUAAAAUACACUGAAGCCAUUUUUAUCCCCAGUUUAUGCAUACAGUUAAUUGCACACAUGCACACACCAAAAAGGAAGAAAAGGGGGUUGUGUGGUUAAUGAUUGGUUUCGUCUUUAAAUACUGCAAUGUACAACAGCCUUCUACAAAAGCAGGAGGGCUGGCAACACUGUUCAAACCCCUCACUUUUUGGGGACCAGCAUCACAAAGCUGUCCAUUCAUGGGAUAGCUGAGAUGGGCAAGACCACACUUCUCUGCUGGCUCUGUGGCAGAGCAAGCCCCAUGUAUGUGCUCAGAUCUGGAGCUCCAGCCUCCCUUUAGCCAUGAUGCUUGAGCACCUGGCUGAACGCUGGAGCAGGGGGCUUAUUUUGGGAAGACGGCGGUCACUUCUCCCCAACAAAGUCUCCACAGCACCUUCACAGCCCCACACUGGUGGGCUCAUGGAGAAAACUAAAUCAGCUUUCAGGAGCCUUCAUCAGGUGCCUCAAUGUGUAGGCCUGGAGGCCUCUCAUCAGGGCUUGGUAGCACAGAUGCUGCCCUCCAGUGAAGAUGAGCUGUGGGUACCAAGCAGCUCCUCAUUCUUUAAGGCAGAUGGGUUAGAAACAGCAAAUAGAGCAGAGAAUGUCAUCAAAGUGCUGCAGAGCCCUAAGGUUUGUCUUUAUCUGAGAUAUCUCAUGCACCUGGAAUCUUCUUCACCUGUGCUGAAGAGCACAGCAGAUUUGGAGCAGGUAUGACAGCAAGAAAACUAGCCAAGGUGAUGGGAAUGAUCAAGGGAAAACAGCCAUAAUUAAGACCACAACCUGCGCAGAGAAGGCAGUGUUCAUUCACUUCCUUUUCUAGCAUCAGCUAGAAAAUGGAUCCACAACGAGCUCACAAUCCUUUGGUGGAGCAUGCUGGCUCUGGGAGAAAGCAGAUGAGUUAACAGGAGAAAAAUCUGCUGAUAACUACACCUUCAAAUCCAUCCAGCUGAGGAAAGCCAAACUUUUGGAAUAUAUAGGGCAAGUUUUAUGACAGGGUUUCUCCUUUCUUGUAUUUUUUUCUUGUAUUUUCCAGUAUUUUAUGUUUGCUUUAAUAUUUGUUUCAGUGGGUCCCAGGACAUUCUCUGUUCUGGGCUUAUAUUUAGAGGCUCAAAUACUUCCUAGCAGGUGCACCCCAGGAGGGAGUGCUCCUUUUCAUGAGCAAUACAGGGUAGAACCUGUGCAAAUCCAAAAUGUCACCCUGCCUGCACCUGGGAUGCUGAGGCUCCCCACUACUUAAUAACAGAAUCCACUUCUUUUUUCCCAGAUGGCCCUGAUUCUCAGUUGUCUGCUUCAGUGGGGCUGGGGAAGAGAGAGGAGAGAAUGCAGAGGUGGGAAUUACCAGCUCUGGUGAUACGUGGGAGGAGCAAUCCUUCCACAGUGGCUGCCUUCUGCCUCAGUUCCUACAGAUGCAGCCCCACUGAUGUUUGUCUGUCCCAAAAUGAGGACUUCGGUGCUCUGUCAAUGGCCAUCAUGCCUGCAUUUUGCUCAGAUUAUUAUAAAAAGUGCAAUAUGCUGCAACUGGGAUAUAUGGAUUUACUUGGCCUCGUGACCAGAAGUGUCCCAGCCCAAAAGUAAAUUACUAGAAUCAUUGGAUCUUCUCAAGAGCAUCAUUCUGACCUACCGAGUCCUAUCACCAAAACAUGCCUCUGAAUGCCACGUCCAGGGAAGGGGACUCCAUAACCAUUCUGGGUGGCCUCUUCUAGUGCUUGGCCCUCAUCAUGGAGAAAUUCUUCCUGACAUUCAGUCUAACCCACCCCCAACGCCCCAGCACAACUUGAGGCUGCUUCCUCAAGUCCUAUUGCUUUUUGCCUAAGAAAACAGACUGACACUCUCCUUGCUGCAACAGCCUGGCAGGCAGUGGUAGAGAGCAAUAAGACCUCCCUUCAGCCAGACUAAACAGCCCCAGUUCUCUCAGCCACUCCUAAUAACACUUGUUACUGGCUUCCAACUUAGGGGGCUGAAAUCUCCAGAAGUUAGCACUGGGCUCACCAAGGUCUCCUGUUAAUUCAAAUGUCUGUAUACAUUUUACAUGCCUUAAAAAAAAAAAAACCCUAUAAAAGAAAUGACUCAGCAGCUAUGGCUUUGAUUUGAUUUCGUGAUGAAGUACAGGGAAAGUAAUUAAUGUCUUCACAUUAUUUCAUUUCCUCCAGCUUCACUGGAGCAGCUCUGCACAGACAAACCCUGCCAGGUUCCCUGGGGGAGGCAGCAGGGCCGUGUCCCUCUGUGACCUGGGUGCCAUGUCCCAGUCAGGGCCCACUCCGAGCCAGCUGAACUGCUUGAUGAUGGUGACUCGUCAUGGGAGCAGCCUCUGAGAGGGACUGCUGUAGAGGCAAGGGCCUCCAGCACUGCCUGUGGCCGUGCCCCACAGCCUCCCAGGGCACAAUGGCAACGCAAAGGGAAAAAAACAAACAGCCAGGACAUGCCUUAGAAACUUUUUUUCUUUAAAAACAAGCUUGUGGCAUAGAUAUCCCGCUUUAGAAAUGUAUAUAUGUAUUUACAAAAACAGCAGCAGCCUCUUGAUUUUUCCAAAAGCUUCCCCCUCCCCCUUUUUGGCCAGAUUCCCCAUCUCUGAGAUACUUUAUUUAUUCAAAAAUAAAUAGCCGGCAUAGCUGCGCUCAGCACAGCGCGUACCCACAGCAGCACUGAGGACACAUCCCUCUGCAGGUCCCCUGCUCGCCCUGCCCAGAGAGGCACUGAGGAGGCCAUCGUGCCAGCGUCGCUGCCGCUGCUCCGUCCCACCCCACUGAGCUUUAGUUCCCCUCCCUUUGAAACAAUGGCGCUCGUGGCCAUCCAGCGAGCACCACCGUGUCAGACUCUUAGUGGGGUUAACGGUGUAUGUCAGUCACCAGUUGAGACAGAUGCUGGCUACAAUAAUUUGUUAGAUGAGGUAAUUAACGCUCAGGUGAGAGCAGCUUGCUUACAAUCCAGGGGCCAUCUCCACCGAUGGCACAAAUGCCAUGGUAAGCACGCAGCGACUUGGAUAGAGCUGACAGCCUCAGCUUGAUGUUGCCCUGUGCAGAAUCAUAGAAGCAUUUGGGUUGGAUAGUACCUCCAAGACCAUCAAAGUCCAAUCAUCAGGAUGGUUUCUACAGCUCACAAUGUGUUCCAACAGCUCCAGCAUCAAACUGUUACUUUGAACCAAAAAACACCACAAAAAUCACAACACGAGAGCAAAGGGUCAUGAAAUUUAUUCCCAUAGCUCAUCUGGCUCAUGCCACUGUGUUGCUGUCAUCCUCAGCUGUCAUUUAAAGGUCAUUUCUCAAGCUGUCCUCACGCGAAGGCGCAGGGAAGCCCUUUCUCCUUCAGCUCUCAAGGCUCACAACAACUUCCAACAAAAACCUGGCCUCCAGCCCAACUGUGCUCCUGGAUGCUGCAGAAACAUUCGUGCAUUGAUAUUUUUAGCCUUUUUUUGUUUGUUCAUCUCCAGCUUGGUUCAGCAGAAACCAGCACGUGUUCAGGACUGCAGAGCUGUUCCUGUCCUGGCCGCUGCCCUGGUCCCGCAUCACCUCGUGCUCAGAGUAGGUGAAAGUCUGAGCUUCGCUUGGACUCCACCACCAGCAAGCGGCUUCCUGAUGUCCACCCCAGAUCCCCUCACCUCCACCAAAAGCCCCUGCCCCUCGUGAGCAGCUCUAAACAGCUCCAAGGGCUCAGCUUCUUGUUCUGCUCAGAAAAACGAAGCCACGUGCCAGCACAACCAGGAAAAGAGCCGCAAGUCCCACGUGCAGCUCCCUCCCCCCCCAACACCAUGGCGAGACCAUCAAGGAGAAAAAACAGGGAAAUUAUCCCAUUUCCAGCACCACCAGGGAGGCACGCAGGCAUCCUGCUGCAAGACAGACCAACAGACUGAUGCUCUGGCAGGGCUCAGUCAUAAAUAGAGCCCAGCCAAGAAGGACACUCGGAGCGCUUUGCUAAUUGCAUUCAGUCCAGUUGCAGAAGAAGGAUAGAGGGCAUCUGUACAGAGGGGCAGCAUCACAGCCUCAGAGAUACUGCUGCCCCCAUCCAGCUCAUGGGAAGAGCCCAUGGAGCCACAGUGCUCUGCUCAUAGAUCCCCGCCCCGUGUUUCACAUUCCUCAGCAGGCCUUAGCUUUAUUAAUAGCUUUCUGACCUUGUUUGCAUCCCCAGCCUGCUGGAAUGUGGAGUUUUUCCCACCAGCAGCAACCACCCCAUCUGGUCCUCAUUUCACUGUGCACCAGGGAGAGCAUUCGGUCUCGAGGUGGCUUCAACACAAAGCAGUUGCCAAUCUGUUCAUCCCUGCCUUCCUCCACUUCCCCAGCAUGAGAGGACCAACCCCAGGACUGUGACAGCAUGUAGGAUUUGGCUGUCAUCAUCCUACAAAAGGAUCCCUCGUCUAGCAGCUCUGUGUGAGAGGGCAGCUCUUUCUGCAGCCUCUUCCUCCCCAAACAAGCUCCUCACCCACCUUACUCCACCACAUUUGUCUCCAUCCCAAGGCCAUUUGCUUUCUGCUGUGCAACACGUGUCCCUGGCAGAGGUGAGGGUUCUGUGCCAUGUUCAGUGCACAGGUCCAGCUCCUGACACUGUAUUCCCAAUGUUCAUGGUUUAAGACCCCAGCUACCCUCAGAUCAGAGUGGCUGAGUGCAGCACGCCCACCCCAGAUUGAAACAAGAGGAAAGAGACCCCCUUGCUAGAGCAGCAGCAAAUACAAAAGCAAGAGAGGAAAGGUUUGGAGUCAGUGACAUUUUAAUUCUCAGCCUCACGCAGAAGUACAGCUGGAUGGAGCAGCAGUCCCCAGGCUUAGCUGAACCAAGGGCCUUCUUUCAUGCUAGUCUUGCAAUUGAAACCCCAUAAGAACAUGUCCAGCUGCAGUAAAUUUAGCAGUAAAAUUAGCAUAGAAUUUAGCAUAAAAUCUGCCUGGCUGUGGACUUGACCAGCAUCAUUUUAGCUUUAGCAAUACAGUCAAAGACUAUUCAGCUAUUGAGCUUUCUGCUGGGUGCUUCACAUCUGCACUCUGAUACACCAUCACUUCAUUUACCUAAUAGUUUUUGCAGAGAAAAAAAACAGGAAAUAGUUUGCUGGUAAUGAGCAAAACAUUAUGGAAAUGAGAGCUGGGAGACGUGCAUCAAUCCAGCCUUGACCUCUGCAAGGCACCAGCAGUGCAUGCAGUGCAGUCCCCACCAGCAGUGCACACAGGUACUGCUCAGCCCCUGCCAGCAGAGCCUCCACUGUUCAUGCCCUGCAGCUGCCCUGGAGCAUUGCAGCUCUUUAAAAACACAUUGCACGGAGGUAACAAAGAAGUGGCUGCAUCUGGUUCUCCCUGGCUUGCAGGGUUUUUCUGCUCUGCUUUUUGUCCCGAUAUUUACUAGAAUAAGGAAUUUGUUCUUUAUUCCCUCUCCUAGCUGUGCUGUAUGCCUGAGCACACGAGCACAUCCCUAUGCUGCCUCCACUUUCCUACCCAAAUGCACUUACUGCUAGCAGAAGUCUCAGUGGGGAUGGCAACUGCUGGGUCAGAAUCCAUCAGGGGCCUCCUGACAUCCUAGCCUAAUGCACCCAGCGUGCUGCUGGUACCCCUGCUGGGGCAGGGAGCGGACAAGCAGGACUGGGGCAGGAGGGCAGGCAGCACCCUCAGUCCCAAAUACAGCCAGCCUCAGUUGCCACUGUCAUCUCAGCACAGCUCACUCAGUGGCACGAGAGGCUCUGGUAUCCAUUUUAAUCAGAUCUACCCAUGGCAGGCCACGGUUAAUUUGCUGCUCGCUUGGCAGCAGCUGCUGCUUGUUUUGAUGGAGUCACCAUGACUCAGGGGGGUGACACGUGCUCCCCGCACUCUGGCUCAGUGCAGCCUCCCGCGCUGCUGCUGGCUGACUGCACUCAUUUUCCCAGCAGGCUGCAGGCAGUGCCAUUGCAGAGACAAAACUCACAACUCGCUUUCUGCAAGUGCCAUCCUGCAGCUCUGCAGAGCUGGAGCGCACACAUGGUGGUGUCUGCUGCUCUCCGGAAGUUCCUCCGUGCAAGAGAGCCCCUCUGCACAGCAUCAGCGUGGCAGGUGGGAACAGCACUGAGCCCUGGUUUGAGCUCACCUGAGUAUUUCUAGGAGGUAUGCACAUAGGAAGCGACAGCACCACGCUGCAUAAGUUGUUUUAAUAAAGAACUGUUUGACAUUUAUUUUUAACAGUGAGAAAAGUGCUGCAGAAGAUAGGGCAGUGAAAGUGAGCUGCAGUGCUGCCAACAUUUGCCUCCUAGUGCUUCUAACUGCAAGGGCUCAGAGUGGGAGAAAGCGGUGCUCUACAACAGGGUGAGGCACAGACAAGGAGUCACUUCUUAGCGCAUUUCGUGCGGUUUGGACACUGUGCAUUCUGACAUUCUCUAAGAACUGGAGUUCAGUCUGCAGAACACCAGGCAGCAUAUCACACACAAGAGGGGAUAAAUAACACUUCUAGGUCCUAGCUUCUCUGCUCACACUGAAAUCAGAGACCACUAAAAAAAAGCAAAACAAAAUGAGACUGCAGAAACCUGGUCCCUGUGCUACGUGAGCACCUCUACCAACUGCAGCUCUUUCAGCACAUGUCCCAGACUUGGGUGGGACAGCUGACCUGACACAACGCUGCCUGUACUUAACUAUCAAACCAUCAAGCUCUGCUAGAAUGCCCAGGCCUUUGUAAGACAACAAUGCGAUAGAGAAGAAAAAAA